GUGGGUGGUUGUUAGAGGGUUUUGGCGAUCAGAGAGAGAGAGAGAGAGAUGGGUAGCGUUUAAAACAACGUUUUAUGGGGUAAGAAUUCGGGAUAGAAGAUGAGAGAGUGAGAGGGAAGAAUGAGAGUGUUUGUGUUUAUGGGAAAAGGAGAGAAUUGUGAUUUGUUUCAUCUCCGAUCUUACAUUUGCUUGAAAAUCCUGUGAAAUUGGCUGGAGCAGAAAGGUUUGCACUUUUAGCGAGAAAUCGUCACCAAGAGAAUAUUACUAUCAGGUUUCAUUGGCUGAAGCGUUUGGAGGAGUGCCUAGUUAUUGGAUCUUGGAUCUAGAAGCAGCUGUACCUGUGUAUGAUGUGUCCUGGGUGUAAUAUAUGAGACAUGGUAAUGCAGAAGAGGUUGGAUUAUGGAUUCAAUGGCUAUAAGGUUCCCUUUAUGCCUCGAGCUGCCAGAUCAGCCAGGAGAAGGGGCUCAUUUGGAAGGAGAGUUGAAGACAAGCAAAUGUGUGCAUUUGACUUACUGGCUAGUGUAGCUGGGAAGUUGUUACUUGAGAAAGAAACUACUCCUACUUCUAGUAAUAUAUCAACUGACAAAGUCCAAUUUGCAGCAGUUAAUAGUAGUGUAAAUGAAGAAUGUCCCGAUGAUGGAAAAUCUUUUAAAGGAGUAACUUGUGAUGAAAGAAGCUGUGGCAAGAGCUUCUUUGUUUCUGAGAUUCUCUCGUUAGGUCAUGGUCAUGAUGACCUUAGGUGUACGGAAGAUCUGCAUAUGCUCAAUGAAAUAAAUUCAGGAGUUACUUCAGUAAUAACUAGUGUUGAUUGCUCAAAGACAUUUGAUGCUGAGAAAUUAGGGGAAUGCAGAAGCAAGAAUUCCCUGGGAAGGAUCGCUAACAAAGUAGAUGUGGGCUCUUAUUGGAAGCCUGACAAAUGUAAACUAGAGUCUGAAACUAGACAAGUAGCAAAUGGUAGUGGGAUUGAUAUGUGCGGUUUGGAGAAUAAAAUGGCUAGGGAUGGAAAACCUGUACUGGCCAGUUCAGAUAGUAGUACUAAGGUGCCUUUGUGUGGGAACCAAAUUCCUUGUAGUUCCUUUCCCGCUAGUAGGGAUUAUGUAAAUUUACUUUGUAACGAUGAUGACGAAAAAUCCUCUGGGUGCACUCACCCUUUUACCUCAAAAAAGUUCUUUAGGCCGACACCACGUAUUGCAGACCGAAAAAUAAGGAAGAUACUGGCUUCUAGACAUUGGAAAGUGACUCCAAAAUCUAAAAAUGCGACACAUUAUAAUGCUGAUAAGGAUAUGAAGCCCUUUUUUCGUUAUAGGAAGGAAUCUUACAAACGCCAAAGAUCUGAGAGGAUUUAUCCUUUCAAGAAAAGGAAACAUUUUGAUUGUAGUUCAGCAUCAAAUUCAGAUGGAGGAAUUUGUAGCGAGUUCCUUUCAGAUUCCCCGGAACAUGAAAAUAAUGUUGAUGUUUCUGGUUCAUACCUAAAGAUGCAUGGAGCUACAGGGGCAUCAUCGACUGUAGCAGGUCAAAAAUCAUCGUUCCAAUCUAGGGAUUCUCAUGUGAAACUAAGGAUCAGAUCAUUCAGGGUGCCGGAGCUUUUUAUUGAGAUUCCCGAAAGUGCAACUGUUGGUUCACUGAAGAGGACUGUAAUGGAGGCAGUGACUGCUAUUCUUGGAGGUGGAUUGCGUGUUGGUGUACUUCUUCAGGGAAAGAAGGUCAGGGAUGACAACAAAACUCUGCUGCAGACCGGAAUUUCUCAAGAUAACCACUUGGAUGCUUUGGGAUUUAGCCUGGAGCCACACUCUUCACAAAGUCCCGCACCUUUGUGCCCUGGAGAUACACCUCUUCUGCUUCCGGGUGACAUAUCUCAGCCUCUUACCAGGUAUCCUCCCAGUCCAGGUGUGAUUCAUAACAGCAUUUGCGGUCCUUCAAGUGAGCCCCAUGUGGCCAAUAUUGUUAGCCACAUUGAAAGUGAUCAUGAUUCUGCACCAUCCCCAACUGACAUGUCAGUUGACAAAAGCACAAUGGAUUCCAAAGCACUGGUUCCUGUACCAGCUUUGAGUGUGGAGGCACUAGCUGUGGUUCCAGUACACCGGAAAUUGAGGUGUUCUGAGACAGUGCAGCGCCGAAUUCGUCGACCUUUCUCUGUUGCUGAAGUCGAAGCCCUUGUUCAAGCGGUUGAGAAACUGGGUACUGGAAGAUGGCGUGAUGUUAAGCUACGAGCAUUUGACAAUGCAAAGCAUCGAACUUAUGUGGAUUUGAAGGACAAAUGGAAAACACUGGUGCACACGGCAGGAAUAUCCCCGCAGCAAAGGAGGGGAGAGCCUGUCCCCCAGGAACUCCUGGACCGAGUCCUCACCGCCCACGGUUACUGGUCUCAACAGCAAGCCAAGCAUCAACUCAAGCAGAAGCCCGGAGACUUGCAUUCUCCUCGGAAGACAAUGAUCUCAAGAGCUUUUGCUGCAGUGUGAUGAAGAAACUUCAAUUAGACUUUAGUGGGUUUUAGAGAUGGAUAUGUCUAAUUAUCAUUUGAAUUAUUUUUUUUAUGUGCAUUCUUGUUCAAUGAUUUACGUAAAAAGUUGUAAGAAAUAGAAAUCUCGUAAGUCUCCCAUGUAAUAUUUCUCCCCCCUGGAUCUCCCAUGUAAAUGAUUUGGUUGAAUAAGAGCUUUCUAACUGCAUUCUCUUUGGAGAAUCAAUAUGGGUUUCCAAU